AUGUCCCGCUUCGGAGCCAAGAAAGGCCGCAAGCUCCCCGGCGCCGAAUUCAGCUGGGAGACCGGCGAUGGAAGCGGCGAGCCCGAUACCGCGCCUACACCUCUCUUUCCGAAAUACCACGUUCCCCGCGCCAGAACCUUAACCCCUCGCGAGCAGAUCCAGGUGGACCUGUACCGGUCGUUGCGCGAACGCUUCCACGAUGGCCCGUAUUAUUCGGUGCUGGACUCGGCGACCACGGCGGCCAAGAAGGAGAGUGCCGCGCGGGCGCACUUCGAUCCGUUUCACGGGAUGCCUUCGUACUCGGGCAAGUACCAGAAGAAGAUGAGGACGCUGCCUAAAUUGGCGGGGAGGGAAUAUGUGAUGAAAUUCUUCCCGAAGGAACUGUGGCAGACCAUCCAGCCGAGCUUCAAACCCGAUUCCGCUAUGGAUGGAUACGUCCUGCGCAUCGAUCGGCCCGGUAUCAAGCGUGGCUUCGAGGAUGAGGAGGACGAGGAAGAUGACGAACCGGGCAAGAAGCGCCGGACCGGGGAUGAGGACGAUGCGGAGGCUGGCGAGAACGAGGAUGACGAUCGCGAGGUCCUCGAUCCUGAUGAGGAGGAAGAGGAGAUUGUGGAUGAUGACUUCGAAGACGAUGACGAUGACAUGGGCGGGGAUUACAAUGCCGAGCAGUACUUCGAUGGCGGCGAUGAUGAAUACGGCGACGACGGAUUCGGCGAUGGUGGUGGCGGGGGUGGUGAUGAGGAUACGUAUUAG